AUGUUCGACUUCAGCUGCGCCUCCGCCUGCAACCCUCCAAACCCGUCUGCCAACACUGUCAAGGUCAGCAUGGAAGAUCUUGCCAAGCGUGUCGCAGAAGAACAGGCAGCAAAGGAGGAGGAAGAGAAGCGCAGCAAAGCACGUGAAGCAGCUGAAAAGCAGGAGGCGCUCCGCCAACAGCAAGAGAAGGAAGCCGAGGAGCGCCGUCGCAAGGAAGAAGAGGAGGCCCAGCGUGCGCGCCUGGAGGCCGAGCGUCGCGAGAAGGAAGCCAAGGAAGCCGCUGAGACGGAGGCGGCCGCUGCCGCUCAGGCUGAGAAGAAGCGCCAGGAGGAGUUGGCGCUGCACAAGAACGAAGUGAUGGCAUGGCUUAAGAAGCAAGGCUUCUCCGGCAUCAACACUGUCAAGAAGUCCUUCUUCAGCAGCACGUACCCACUGCACAAGGCCGCGGAGGUGGGCAACGCCAAGAUGGUCAAGUUGCUGUUGGAGCAGGGUGCCAACCCAGCACUGAAGAACUCGGCCGGCAAGACUGCUCAAGAGGUUGUCAUGCUGAAGAAGAAGGGCGAGUCGCACAAGGAGGUCCUGUCGCUCCUUUCGGAUGCUGCUGGCAGAGCAUGA